AUUAUUAUCACAGAAAAUGUCCUUUGUGUCUCUACCUCUGCAUCGUCCCACGUGGCAGCUGAGUUGAGAUAUCAAGCAGAAGAAGCACUCUGGUUCUGAGGCGCAACCUCGUCCCAACAACCAUGGCGGUCCCUGCUACAUCCUCAGCCCCUGUCCUUCGACCCAUCCGCACCAAUCACUCCUUCUCUUCCCCUUUCCGCUCUCUCCCCUCUCCCGCCGCCAGAAAACCCCUAACCGUCUUCGCCAUGGCCCCCAAAAAGAAGGUGAACAAGUACAAUGAUAAGUGGAAGAAGGAGUGGUUUGGAGCGGGGAUAUUCUACGAGGGAAGCGAGGAGGUGGAGGUGGACGUGUUCAAGAAGAUAGAGAAGAGGAAGGUUUUGAGCAACGUGGAGAAAGCUGGCUUGCUCUCCAAGGCAGAGGACUUGGGAUUCACGCUCUCUUCCAUAGAGAAGCUCGGCGUCUUCUCCAAAGCCGAGGAGCUCGGCUUGCUCAGCUUGCUCGACCGAGCCGCCAGCUUCUCCCCCUCCCUCCUCGCCUCCGCCGCCCUCCCCGCCUUCGUCGCUGCCAUUGCCGCCAUUGUGCUCAUUCCCGACGACUCUGCCACCCUCGUCGCCGUCCAGGCUGUUGUUGCUGCCGCGCUCGGCGUCGGAGCCGUCGGGCUUUUCGUUGGCUCCGUCGUGCUCGGCGGCUUGCAAGAGGCUGAUUGAUUGAAUGGUGUGGGAAUGGGUGGUUCGGUGGUGAUGUAAGAUGGUUGCGAAGUGGUGUUUAGAUCGACAGUGGUAUUGGGUGGAGCCAAGGCUUGUCUGGAAGAGAAAGGGUUAUUUGUGUCCGUUCAGGUCUUUGGGGUCCAGAAAGCAAUAAAGGAGGUAUAGGGAGUAAAAGCCUACUUGAAUCUAACUUUCAAGCAAUUGAUACAAGAUCCAAAAUAUAGGAGUCAUCCUCUUGUCACUGCAUCACGAGGAUGUGUGGUUUAAUAGGUGUUGCUAUUCCCACCCACACACACACAAAAAAAAAGAAGCUAUUUUCACCUAACAUAUUUCGAAUUCCAAAAAAUACUUUUGCAAUUCUGUUGCCAAAAAUGCAAAAUUGAAACUCGAUUUUAUUACA